CACCAAUGUACAUGCAGAUCAGGUCUGUGUGCAUGUCUCCUCUGCUUGCUGGCCUCCCCACUUUGAAAGUCUCAGUCUGCAGUCAUAGACUCUAAUGCAUCUUUGUGGUCUCUGCCCUGUACGUCUUUAAUGGAAAACAGCAUUGGACAAUUGCCAACCAUGGACACAGAUUAUGACCAAUAUGCCGCCUUCUUGAGCCUUCUCAACAUGAAUGUGACGUAUGACCCAAACUAUGUGGUUAGUCAUGACGUCAAAGUCUGUAAUAAGUCAAAAGUCAAUAAUUUUGGCUCAGCAUUCAACCCAAUUUUCUAUUAUGUCAAUUUCCUCCUGAGUUACCUUGGUAAUGGGCUCGUCCUAUACAUCAUCUACAAGUAUGAGAAGCUCAACACGGUGACAAACAUUUUCCUGCUCAAUCUGGUCCUCUCCAACAUCCUUUUUGCCACCAGUCUCCCAUUUUGGGCAACAUAUCAUCAGUCUGAAUGGAUUUUUGGAAACGUUUUGUGUAAGAUGGUCAGCAGCGCCUACUUCAUUGGGUUCUACAGCUCCAUCCUUUUCCUCACACUCAUGACAUUCGACCGAUACCUUGCAGUGGUGCAUGCAGUGGCAGCUGCCAAGAGCAGAAGGAGAAGCUAUGCCUUCAUUUCUUCUAUAGUGGUUUGGUGCAUCAGUGUCAUAGCCAGCAUGAAAGAGUUGGUUUUCCAGAAUGUGUGGGAAAGUCCUUUUAAUGGACUGGUGUGUGAAGAGACGGGAUAUGCUGAAGCCACGAUGGCAUUUUGGCGUCUAGUCACCUAUUAUCAACAAUUACUACUUUUCUUCCUCCUCCCUCUACUGAUGGUGAUCUACUGCUACAUCUGCAUUACUGUCCGCAUUCUAUCUACCCGAAUGAAGGAAAAAUGCCGUGCCAUCAAGCUCAUAUUCAUCAUCAUCUUUACCUUCUUCAUCUGUUGGACCCCCUACAAUAUCGUCAUCCUCCUUCUUGCCAUAAACAGCCCCAGUCCAGAAGUUAACUGUGCUGACUCAGACAAGCUAGACUAUGCAUUGUUUGUGACCCAGAAUAUUGCCUACCUCUACUGUUGCAUUAGUCCAGUGUUUUACACAUUUCUGGGCAAAAAGUUUCAGAGUUACUUCAAAAGGAUGCUUGCUAAGAGAAUCCCUUGUUUGAGGAGGCACAUAAGUCUCAGCAGCCAGAGCACAAGAACCACAUCACAGAAGACACCACAUUCUGAUUAUGAAUACUAGAUAAACCCACACGAGUAUACGGAAUAUUGUAAAUAGAAAUUCAAAAGGAACAAGGUCCGAACAUUUAUGAAAUGUGAAAAUGGCUUUUGUAAUUUCUCAUGUGCUUUAUUAUUUUUUGUGUGUGUGGGAUUUCUCAUUGCUUUUCAUGUUAAAGGUGACAUAUUGUGGAAUUUCCACCAAUUUUUCGCUUUAAUUUCUGGUUGGAAAAAUCCCUAAGCGUUUUGGAAGAAGCAUUUUUCUGUGUUCAGGCCCAUUAUGUUAAAACUGACUUCAUAAAGAGUAGACAAUGUGGGCAAUUCCUGGUUCUUUGACAGCAGACUGCCAAGCUGGUCAAGGCCGUCAAGCCAGAAAAAUACAGUACAUAAGUACAUUUGUUAUGGUUUAAAACAAAAGUUUGCAAUCACUCUCACCAAAUGUGCACAUGAGAUGGAUGGCACCAAUUGGUAAAGUCUUAAGUCAUUGAAUAUGAGUCAAAUAAUCUCUUACGUCCAUUUUUCUCCAUGUUUCCUCUGUGUGCUAUGGUAUUAUAAAUUAUGAUGAAGACAUGAGAUGUCUAUACUCAUUUAGAAAUGCUUGCCCUGAUCGACAACAACCAAUAAGAGAAAAGUGUAAAAUUAUUAGAUAUUUAAAUUCAUUGCUGUCAGCCACAAAUUAAUGAGAAUUUGGAUGUUCUAAUCUAGAGGCAGGUAAAGGGGGCCAAUGAAAUUAAAAAGGGACAUUCAAAAGUAAUGCGGGGGAAAACGCAGUAUGUCAACUUUAAUUUCAUUAUAUAGUUGUUAUUCUUUCAUUUUAAAUUAUGUUGGCUCAAGUAUUGAGUAUUGAGGCUUUUACCUGGACUGUUAAAUUUAAGACUAUACAUACAGUACAGCAUUAGAGGAAGAAAGUUAGGCAGCGGAAGUUUUUAUUUGUUCUUUUUUUUUUUUUCAUGUUUUUGUCUUGCAUGGAGUUUUGAAUACUAACUCUCUUGGCCUGUGGUGAAAUAUAAAUUCAUAUUGUCAUAUAUAACACAUGUUUUAAUCAUUGUGAUGAUUUUGUGCUUAGCACAUCAGGACUUUCACCUCCUCUAUCUUGAUGGUUGCACACCAAAAAGUUACUUUUUAUACUGCUUUAAUAAA